UCACCAGCUUUACGUAUAUUUCAAGCGCUGCUUUGCACGUGGUUUUUAGACACAGAUCAUGGCUGGAAGUGUAAAACGUCCAGAGCAGACUGGUCCCCCGGAGCUGUUUUACAAUGAAGAUGAAGCAAGAAAAUAUACCCAGAACUCCCGUAUGAUUGAGAUUCAAACACAAAUGUCAGAAAGGGCAGUGGAGCUUCUUUGUUUACCAGAGAAUCAACCUUGCUUCUUGCUGGACGUAGGAUGUGGCUCUGGUCUGAGUGGAGAUUAUAUGUCUGAGCAAGGACAUCACUGGGUUGGGAUCGAUAUCAGUCCUGCUAUGCUAGAUGUUGCAUUAGAACGCGAGGUAGAAGGGGAUCUUCUCCUUGGAGACAUGGGACAAGGAAUUCCUUUCCGUCCUGGAACCUUUGAUGGAUGUGUCAGUAUUUCAGCUCUACAGUGGCUCUGUAAUGCCAAUAAAAAGAUACACAGUCCACCUCGACGUCUGUUUCGUUUCUUCUCCACACUGUAUUCUGCACUGGCUCGAGGGGCACGGGCUGUUCUGCAGCUGUAUCCAGAAAAUGCUGAUCAGCUAGAGUUGGUCACAGCACAGGCUAUGCGCGCUGGAUUUACUGGAGGAAUGGUUGUGGAUUAUCCCAACAGUACCAAAGCUAAAAAGUUUUUCCUCUGCCUCUUUGCAGGAGUAUCAGGGGUGUUGCCGAGGGGUCUGGGUGAAGACAGAACUGAAGAAGGGGUCUCCCAUCAAGCUGCUUUUUCAAACAAGAGGAUGCGGUUUAAACAGACCAGAGGGAAAUCUGUAAAGAAAAGUAGAGACUGGAUUCUUGAGAAGAAAGAAAGACGUAGACGACAAGGAAAGGAGGUUCGACCUGACAAUAAAUUUACUGGACGGAAGAGAAGACCUAAUUUUUAAUGCCUCCAUGAACUGUUCUUGUGAUAGACCAUUUGUACUGUUUGUUUACAGUGAGAAAAUGUUGUUUUAAUUAUGUAUGCUACAAAACUAACUUGACUCACAGUGCCUUAUAUGGCAGAAGCUAUUGGGACAUCCUGAUGUGUGGUAACUGCCUGAUUUGUAGAUGCUACGAAGUUGCACGUUUAUUAUGAAGGCUGAAGAUGGUUAACCGCUUGGUACCUUAAACCUAUAACCUGUUGUAAUAUAUUUAACACUGGUCAUACCAGGACUGUUUCUGUGAGACAACUGGGUUCCCUGAAUCAAUCAUUUCAUUAUUCAGAUUCCAUAUUAAAAUAGAAAUCUAUUUCUAUUACAAUAA